AUGAACGGGCACAAGGAAGUAGUAGAGCUUCUUCUAGACGUUGAGAAUAUUAAUAUCAAUGCUAAAGAUGAGGAAGUUUAUACUCCUCUAUCAGCAGCCGCGAAGUACGGCCACAAGGAUAUUUGUGGUCGUCUCAUAGAAAAAGGGGCCAAUUCCGACAAGCAAACAAACCGCCUGAAACCGUUGUAUAUUGCAGCCCAGGAAAGCCACAUCCUUCUUUUUCAUGCCCUGAAAGCUGGAAACCCAGGAGCUGCCGACUGGCUACUUUCUUGGGGUGCGGAAGUAGAUUCAGUGGACGACGCUGGUCAAACGUCCUUACACAUCGCCGUGAAGGGAUCAGUUCAUGAUGUGCAGAUGAUGAUCAAUUAUGGCGCAUCUGUGAAUAUAGCGGACCGCCUAGACCGGACACAUGUGGCUACUGUCCGUGUACUGUUGGAUCAUGACGAGCGGGUAACGAAUGCAAAGAACCGGAUCGGCCAUGCCCCGUUGCAUAAGGCUGCCACAAACAGAGGUACCGAGGUUGUCAAAGUACUUCUUCAAACACGAGCAGAAACGAACAAGGAUAAAGACGGCAAGACUGCUCUGCAUGUGAUGGCGUCACGCGGAGCUUUCAAUAUAGCUUGCACUGUCAUCAUACACCGGUGCAAUGUCGAGCUGAGGGACUACAUGGGACAAACUCCUCUGCACAUAGCAUCAGCGAAUGGGCACCGCGAGACAAUGGAUAUCCUCAUCCGAGCCGGGGCAAAUCUGGAGGCAAGGGACCAUAACGACCAAACGUUUCUAGACAUAGCCGAAAUGAAUGGAUAUCGUGAAACUGUAGCCCAAUUCAAGAUCACUGGCCCCAAAGAGCCCCGAAGCGAUGACGACUGGCACAUGCAAACUUGCAUCUCAUUACGGGCCUCGCCGUCCUUCCCUGAAUUAGAUGAACCGGCGUUGGCCCAGAGUAUGGAGAGGGUUAAAUGGGCGUGGAAGAAAUGGAUAGUGGCCCCGUGUCAUAUUCCAGCCCUCCUCAGAUUUACCCUCUACGACAUCCUCAUCCUAUGCGGUGAGAUAACCGCAAUAAAAUCAAAUCCGAAAGAAAAUGCUGAGUGA